AUGACUACCCUGCCCGCUCACGCCUCGCCCGCCUUCACGGCGAUCCACACCCCGCAAGCCGAGCGCCCCAAUCCGACACGCCACAUCUCCGAGAUGGACCUCGACAGCACCUCAACCGCGACGACGACGACACAGGCGCAGGCGCCUUCCGCCGCAUCGCUGCACGCCCCGCACCUCCCCCCGCCAUCAAUCAUCUCGCCCGCCUUCACUCCGCCCAGCACCCCCGGCCGCUCGACCCCCGCUCCCGUACGCGAUGCCGUCUCGGUUCCCGUCGACACGACCGCCGACGGCACCACCACGCCGCCUGCCCUUCUCGAGACGCUGCCCCAUGUCGAGUGCAUAGUGCGCGCACGCAUCCCCACCACCACCGGCCAGGAGAUGUUCCUGCACGUCUACCAGAACGACGUCGACAACAAGGAGCACCUGGCCAUUGUCUUCGGCAACAAGAUCCGCAGCACCUCGCUCGACACGCCGCGCGAGGGCGAGUCGGAGCGCGACCGCAUGAUCCGCGGCGCCUACGUCGGUCGCCUGUACCCCGGUCGCACGAGCAGCCGCGUCGAGCAGCUCAAGCGCGACGAGGGCAUCGCCGGCGAUGCCACUGCCGACUCCGUCUCCGAGAAGUCGCCCCUUGUCCGCAUCCACUCCGAAUGCUACACCGGUGAGACGGUCUGGUCCGCGCGCUGCGACUGCGGCGAGCAGCUCGACGAGGCUGCGCGCCUGAUGGCUCUGCCAUCGUCGAGCGGCGGUGUCAUUAUCUACCUCCGCCAAGAGGGCCGCGGCAUUGGCCUCGCCGAGAAGCUCAAGGCCUACAACCUGCAGGACCUGGGCAACGACACGUACGAGGCGAACUUGCUGCUCAGGCAUCCGGCCGACGCCCGGAGCUACGGCCUGGCUACCGCAAUGCUGUGCGAUCUGGGACUUGGCGGCGACUCCGGCAUCCGGCUGUUGACCAACAACCCCGACAAGAUCCGCGCCGUCGAGGGCCCGAACAGGGAGGUCGUCGUCAACGAGCGCGUGGAGAUGGUGCCCCUUGCCUGGAAGAGGGGAGAGAAGGGAAGUGUAGAAGUGGAACAGUAUCUCUCCACAAAGAUUGAGAAAUUCAAGCACAUGCUGAGCCCUGAGGCCACCAGCUAA